ACGUCCUCCGUGGAGGGUCAGGCCUGAACCCCUCUCUGGAGCUGGACACCUCUGGGUUCCUGGCUCCGGCCUUGCCUGCGCGCUCGCCCAGAGGUGAGGAAGGGAGCAGGGACAGGGGCACCUGGAAACUGAAUGGUCGCUGGAAGUGACGUCUCUGAUCUUUACCGAGGCAGCCGGCUCAACUUGGAUCUGCCAGAAUUUGUUUCCUGGGCUAUGGGAGAUGUCAGCGAGUUAAAAAUGCAAAUAACACCGGAAACUCCAGGAAGGAUCCCUGUUUUAAAUCCCUUUGAAAGUCCUAGUGAUUAUUCUGACCUCCAUAAACAAACCCUUGCAAGUCCUUCUGUCUUUAAAGCCACAAAACUACCAACACCAGGGAAAUUUAGGUGGUCUAUUGAUCAGCUGGCUAUAAUGAACCCUGUAGAAAUAGACCCAGAGGAGAUUCAUCGUCAGGCCUCCUACUUAAGUCAUUCCCGAACAGAUAAAGAUGUGGAAGACAAAAGACAAAAAGCCAUCGAAGAGUUUUUCACUAAAGAUGUCAUUGUCCCCUCUCCCUGGACUGAGCAUGACGGGAAACAGCCCGUAGAGCUUCACCCCAGCAAAUGCCUUAAUAGCAACGGCGACUCUCCUGUUGGGCAGAAGCUGACACUUCCCUCUGAGAAGUGCAAUGCUGCCUGCCAGACUCUGCUGUCUCUUCCUGUGGAUUUCAAUCUGGAAGCCAUAUUGGGAGACUAUUUUAGAGCUGAUGACGCUGCGGACCAGUCUCCUGGGAACCUCAGUUCCUCGUCUCUCAGAAGAAAGCUCUUUUUGGAUGUGAAUGGGAGCAUCUCUGACUCCUUACCUUCAGCUUCUCCCAGAAGUCCUCCUAGCACUACUCGAGAAUCUCUUGAGGGACAGUUUUCUUCUAGCCCCAUUGAGAACAGUACAAGAAAAUACAGUUUGGGGAGCAUAGCUAGCCCACCGACUAUUUCUUUACCCACUUUCUCACCAAUUGCACUUGAAGCAGGAAAGACACCACUCUCAGAACAAAGGAAGUAUAUAUUUCAUUCUCCUGAAGCUUCAUCCGGAGCAAGAUCUACCGGGAUCAUUAAUCCAAGCAUCAGGAGUCCGUACAUAGAUGGCUGCUCACCAAUUAAAAGCUGGUCUCCUCGGAGACUGAGAGGUGGUACUCAGUACUUGUCCUCACUGAUUCGGGUCCCUUUUACUCUUGAGAACAACAGUGACAGCGAAGAAGAUGAGGCUCCCUCCACAGAUGUCUCUCCACCAGGCCCAAGUGCGCCAGUAUCCCUCCCGCCCUUGAACUGUGAGCCUCUGGCGUGUGGCGAGCCUUCGGUGGUCACUGCCAUGUCUCUUACACGGAGCCAGUCUAGUUCUGAGAAAGAUCUAGCGCCGCUGGAGGAUGUUGAGAGCGAGAGGGAAAAUGACACUGUGGAUAUGUUCGACCCUCUAGACACAGAAGAUGAGAGCACUUGGAUAAAGGAGCCAGUGAGUGAUGGGAAUUCAGCCAUGACUGGUUUUGUGAGUGGAAUUGCCUUCAAUAUCGAAAGCUCUCAUAUGUGCAUGUCCCCUCUCGCGGAGAGCAGUGUUCUGCCGUGUGAAAACAGCAAUAUCCAGGUAAGGCUUUUUGUAUUUGAUAGUCUUUAGCAAUAUCCAGGUAAGGCUUUUUGUAAUUGCUAGUCUUUGACUCUGGGUGUUACAGGGUGAGAAAUCUAAUAGGCUAAAUGUGAGCACUGUAGCAUUGGAGAGUUUAAAAGUUACCAGGAGUGUUGAGCACGAUGGCGUGCAUUAUUAGGCGUACCUGGGAGGCACUUGGGGCUCACUUGGGAGGCAGAGACAGAUUUUUGUGAGUUCAAGGCCAGCCAGCUUUACAAAGCCAGUUUCAGACCAACUAGGGCACUGUAGUAUUAAAAAAUUACCAAAAGCAAUCAGGAGGAUUAAUUAUUCAUAUUUCAUAUAUCUAUUAACCACUGUCUGCUGGGAAUAGUAAAUUAUGAGCAGAAAAGAAGCCAGGCUCAGACAUCAUCUCAGGAGACAGCUGUGUCCUGGGAUCUGCUGCAGGAAGAAUGAAUGCCGUUUCUAUUUAUUUAUUUGUUUGUUUGUUUGUUAUGUAUACAAUAUUCUAUCUGUGUGUAUGCCUGCAGGUCAGAAGAGGGCACCAGAUGGUUGUGAGCCACCAUGUGGUUGCUGGGAAUUGAACUCAGGACCUUUGGAAGAGCAGGCAAUGCUCUUAACCGCUGAGCCAUCUCUCCAGCCCCAUGAAUGCCAUUUCUAGCAUAGGAUUCGUAUGCUAAAACUUGAAUGGGUUUGGUUUGCCUUAAUGUCCUUUAGGGGAGAAAGAAAACUUAGAGCACUUUUAUGUCUAACUUUUUAUGUACUUGAAACAGUCAACAUUUUUUCGUGUGCAUCAGAGGCUAAGUAGGUUCCCUGAAGUUUAAAAAGGAAAUGAACAGCAGAGCCAGUACGGACUCCAGCAGCUUUGCAUCCCAAGGCCAUGUUCUCUGAGUUGAUGCCAACUCAGGAGCAGCUGACUCUGCGGGCUCAGUGUGCUGAGAGGCUCUUGAUGCCUCGCCUUUGUGUUUUCUGAUUGACACUGGGCAUGCUGAUGCCGAAAACUGAAAAUGGAACUGGAACCUUUCAUUUUAAAACUUUUUUUAAAAUUGUUUUUAUUGGGCUAUAUUUUUCUCUACUCCUCUCCCUUCCUCUCCCCUCUUUCUAUCCUCUUCCAUGAUCCCCACACUCCCAAAGUAUGCAGGAGCGCUUGUCUUUUUCUACUUCCCAUGUAGAUUAGAUCCGUGUAUGUCUCUCUUAGGGUCUUUGUUCUCUAGGUUAUCUGGGAUUGUGAAUUGUAGGCUGAUUUUUCUUUAUGUCUAAAAGCCACUUAUGAGUACAUAUUGUAUUUGUCUUUUUGGGUCUGGGUUACCUCACACAAUAUGGUGUUUUCUAGAUCCAUCCAUUUGCCUGCAAAUUUCAAGAUGUCAUUAAUUCUUUCCGCUGUGUGGUACUCCAUUGUGUAAAUGUGCCAUUAUCUUUUUUAUCCAUUCUUUGGUUGAGGGGCAUCCAGGUUCUAUGAUAAAAAAUGCUGCUAUGAACAUAGUUGAGCACAUGUCCUUGUAGUAGGAUUGAGCAUCCUUUGGCCCCAAAGUGCUAUUGCUGGUUUCUGAAGUAGGUUGUUUCCUAAUUUUCUGAGAAAUCAGUUAUGUAUUGGAACUGAGUCAUAAGCCAGUCACUUGGCAGUGAUAUCAGAAAGAAGACUCUUUGUAAGCAAUCUGAUAUUUACAGUCUUGAUCAAGUAUCUAUCGACCUGUAACAGAACCGAGGGAUUUCCCUUGGGAUGUACUGUUCAAUUUUAUUGUACUUGUCCCAAGGGUUUUGCUUUAAUUGUGACUCCCAGGAACCAGUAAGUGGGUAUACAGACAUGAAAACUAGGAGUAUUUUCCUUGUGAUCACCUGGGUGACAACAGUAUGACUUUAUACACUAUUGUAGAUGUCCUUCAGGGGAUCAAAGCAGCACAGACUUCCCUACUCCUAAUUUGUAAGGAAAGGUGAAGGGCUAGGUCAGUGUGUUGUGUGUGUUGGGUGGUGUUUGGUGCUCAGCAAUAUUACAAGUAAAUGGCCCUCAACCAACCCUGACCCCCAAGACAGGGUUUCUCUGUAGCUUUGGAGCCUGUCCUGGAACUAGCUCUUGUAGACCAGGCUGGUGUCAAAUUCACAGAGACCUGCCUCUGCCUCCCAAGUGCUAGGAUUAAAGGCGUUCACCACCGCACUGUGCAAAUGUAAAAGUGAAAAGAACUUUAACUUGAGCCUCUGAUGUCAAUGUAUAACACUGAGUUAAUCUUUCUGAACCUUCACUUCCUCACCUUAUAAAGUAGAUGUUGAAAGGACAAAAUAAAAAUGGCAUUAUAGCGCUACAAAUGACCAAGAAUUUUUAUUCAGUAAAUGCUUUUUACAGUAGAUACCUGUGGUCCAAAAUUGUUUAAAUUUAAAAUAUAAAGUUUGCUUCAAAAUUCAUGCUAUUUUGAGCACCAUAUCUUAAACUGACCCUCAGUGGGAUGCCAAACACCCUUUGACUAAUGUCCCCACACUGCCCGUACUUCUACCAAUCAUUCACACAGCAGCCAUUUCAGUUGUCAAGCUGACCACUAGGCUAACAUGUCACUUGUAUUCACAAAGAGCUUUUUCAAAACUUAAUAUUGACUAAAAGCACUAACAUAAUUCUAGCAAUUUGCAUAUGUCAAAGAGGAGCCAGAAAAUUCUUGAAAGUGCAAAGUACAAUAAAUAUUUUAAGAUCAUAUUCCAUAACUUUUUAUAAACAUAUUUAUAAAUCAAGCAUAGUGUGGCACAUGCCUGUAAUCCCAGCACUCUUUUGAGUCUGAGGCAAAAAUGUGAAUUUGAAGCCAAACUAGGUUAGAUAGUGUUCCAUAACCAGAAAUGUGCUAUAGUUGUUCUAUUCUUAUUGAACUUUUACUGUCUAAUCCAUAAGUAAAAUCUUAUCACAGGUAUGUGUAGGUAGGACAAACAGAGGAUGCAGCGUUUGGUGAUACCUGAAGUGUCUUGGAAGGUAUCCUCCAUGAUAAUAGAAUACCAACUUAAAAAUGUGUAAAUCUUUUUCACUUUUGGGGCAAGCCAGUAUGUUUUAAAAUGUAACCAUUUUCUUAUGUGCAUGCCAUUAUGAACAGCUGGGUAUGAGCCUUAUGCAGGCUAUCUUUAUUUUUUAAUACUCCAAUGGUAUUUAGAAACUGUAUAAGCAAAGCAUUUACAGAUAAGCUGGAAAGGAAAACUGAUUGUAGUCUUUAUUUUCACUUUGGAAAGAGCAGAAAAGCACCUGGUGACUUGUCUACUGAUGCUAAAGAAAUUAUAGCUCCUUCCCAAGAAAUAUCCUAUGAAGUGUUGCAGGGAAAAGCAAUUUCGUGUAGAGCUUUUAGGAUCAUGUAUUAAAUUCAUUUACUGUGAUCACUGUUACAUUGUUCAGAUGUAGUGAAUUAUAUGCUCACUUAGCCUUUGCAUUUCUUACAAUAUUUCAUGUAAAUUAGAACAAUGAAUGAGUUUGCAGUUUUAUGAGUCAGUGUUUUGUUUUUCAUUCCUCCAAGAUGGACAGUGGCUACACCACACAGACUUGUGGAAGCAAUGUCACUGAUAUUGCUGGGACAGAAAGCUGCUGCAAAGAAAAUGUCACACAGUCCUUUGAAGCAGAAAUAAAAUCUCAAGGUUGUAAUAUAAAGGUAUGGAGA